AAGCGAAACCUAAGAUCUAUUAGGUUUUCAGGUUAAUAUUCCCGCACAAGCUUUAAGUUACACUUCUUUAACUCUUACUCUUUCAGAUGGCAAUCUCACCAAGGGAAUCUGGGAAGUACAUAUCUAAGUUGAGUAAAAAUGUCCAAAUUUGCAACAGCAAGAUCUCAGACCUGUCAGAAAAGAUACUGGAAGAGCUGGUGGCUGGUAAGAUCUCGCCGGGUGGGUUCUCAUCUCACCCGUGUCACCCAGCAGCCACCGAGGCUGCCCUCAAUUGGAUCCUGCUUGUUGACACUCUAAACUUCUGCUUCUGGAGCCACAACGGAGCUCACUGGGAAGUGCAGUGGAAGGGGGAGACUUACACAGGCUACUUCGCACUCUGUGCUGCUGUAAACAGAGCCGUAGAGACAGGAGUAGAUGCUACAGACCCAAAAGUGUACUCUCAAUGGUCCUUGAAAGAUCUGGAACACAUUCUCCGAGGAGACAAUGGUAUACAGCUGAUGCUUCUGGAGGAACGCCUUCAAUGUGUUCAAGAAGUGGGCAAGAAGCUGCUUGACAAAUACAAAGGGAACUUCGUAAACUGUGUGAAACAAUGUGAAGGGUCUGCACAAAGUCUUCUCAAGCUGAUCGUUACUGAAUUCCCUUGUUUUCGUGACGAAGCUGAUUAUAAUGGAGAAAGAGUUUCAUUUUACAAGAGGGCUCAAAUCCUUGUCGGGGACGUGUGGUCGUGCUUUGAAGGAAAGGGACUUGGGGUGUUUAACGACAUUGACUCGUUAACCAUGUUUGCGGAUUACAGAGUUCCUCAAGUGUUGGUGUAUUUUGGAGUUUUGGAAUACAGUAAAGGACUGAACAAGAAAUUGAAUGAAGGUGAUUUUUUGCCCAACGGGAGUGUUGAAGAAGUGGAAAUCAGAGGAUGCUCCAUAGAAGCUGUGGAGAGGCUCAAGACCAAAGUUGACGAACAGAUUAAGGAUUCAGGAAAGCAUCUGCAUUGCAACUCAGUCCUGAUCGAUCACUUCUUAUGGUCUUACCGUCGCAGCUGUCGAGCAGAACUCGAUAAAAUACCAUUCCAUAAGACGAUAUGCAUAUACUACUGACCUUAGAAAAAUGUUUGGUUCGGAUUCAGCCAUGUGAGAUUUAGAGGUAUUUUUGGACCAAAAGACUCCUCAACAUCUUUUGUUGUGAUUUUGUGGGUAAACAUAGAAAUAUGUCUCAUUUCAGGUUGUAUAAGAUGAAGAUCUUUAAGCUUGCAGACUUUUACGCAACUUCACGCACAUCACACUUUCCUUAUGAUUCUAUUAGUUCGUAAAGGUAUCUACCCUUAUCCAAACCCUUGUAGGGGAGGUUUACAUCCAUCACUAACCAGUCCUAUUUUUACUAUUUAAUUUAGAAAACCCUAUUAAGAAGUAAACUUUGCCAAAAAUGAACAAAUAACAGUAUUAUUAAAAUGUUUUAAUUUAACAGUAUUUUAGUUAAUAAAUCAGAGUAUUUUGUC